ACUGAUCUGGCUCUGACAGCAUUUGAAAAACAAAGUUCCGUUUCUGACUCCACGGACAGCUUCAUUUUAACAGUGACAGUAACUCAGAGAAUGUUUUCUUGUAAACUAUGGGGUCAGAAUCACCACUUAAAGAACUGUCUCCUCCCAUAACGGGCUGGAGUGUACCUCAGCUGCUGAACUGGCCUUCACACAUGACUCAGGAGCAGAGUGAAUCACAGCUGGUAGCAUACCCAGAGCAGCAGCACAGGGAGCCUUGUAUUACCACGGUGCUGGAGGAGAUGUCUUCGGAUGACAGGGCUUAAAGAAGAAAUGUAGCUUCCUCCCUGCUGGGAACUCCACGUUUCUGGCAUCUCCACGCUGAAGAAAUACUGUGAAGGUGUGAUCCAUCACAUCUGCAUACACAAAUAUGAAGUUCUUCUGGAUAAUCCCAUUUUUCCUGCUGCAAGCUGAGGCAGAGCACAAGUACCUCCCAACCACCCUGGCCAGCACACACAUGGAUGAGCACACAGCAGGCAACAUUACCCUUCCACUGGGCUUGGAACUGGAAGAGCUGGAGGAGCUGCUCUGGUUCUUCCGCAGAGAAGACCCCUCAACAUGGAAUUACUCUGUUCUUGCGCUGUCCCUCGCGACCAUGAUUUUGGGUCUUGUUCUUCUGACCAUUAACAUUGUGCGGAACAGGAAAAGGAAAAUCCUCGUGAACGGAGAAACAGCACAGCCCACACAGGAGGCUGACCUCGAUGCCAAGCAAGCCCUGAUGCCUGUGCAGGAAUACAACCUGGCUGAGCCACUAAAGCAGCAGCCAGGGCCCCAGAGACCAGGGGACGUGGUGGUCCAGUGGAAAGAUGGGACUGUCACAUCCCUGUACACAGAGACGUCUGAGCAGGCCAUAUAGUGGCAGCUGGAGUCAGCCCAUUUAGGCCUUAAGAAAGGUAUCAGAAUGUCUCAAUUCACAGGGGUGCCAGUUUAAAAAUGCAGUUUAGCCUGGAGAAAGAAAAGUGUGAAACAAGAAAGCAGCAGAGUUGCACCUGCAGGAGGGGCCCUGGGCUCAUCUCCUGCCUGGCUGGUGUUCCCCCACUGCUCUGGCUGCUUCCAGCCUUCCCUUCAGUGCCAGCUUCCUCUCCUCCCUCAGGUGCUGCAAACAGGUUUCACCUGAGCCAGGGAAGUAAGUGGGAAGCUUGGCCUGCAGUCAGCCAGGAAAAGCAGCCUCACUUCCCAUCAGGAAAACAGCAACACUGAAGCUGAGACAUUUUUAUUCUUUUCAGAAUCCUCUUUAUUAAAAUACUUUCCAAAGUGGUUGAUCAAAAUGCCAUAUUGAAUCUGUCAGUAAGGUCAUAUAUAUAUAUAUUUAUAUGGCUAUAUGUACAAAUAUACACAUGAAUAUUUUACUCUGCAAAGUAACUGCAACUCCAGGGAGAAGCAGAACAUUUAAUCUGAUAGAGCACCUGAAACCAAACAUCCAGCCCUUGACCCUGGCUCAGGCACAGGCAGAGCCUGGUCUGCUCCAGGAUUCCCUUUGUGUCCUUCACUGGGCAUGUGUAGAAACCAUGAAAUAAUUUAGGACAUUAUUGGAAAAACAUCAGUCUUCUAAACACAGACUUUGCAGACCAUGUCCUUGUCAUCAAAGCAUCUCUUUGCAAGGCCUUUGGAAAGGGAUGCUAUAGUGUAAAAAGCUGAGCAAAAAAGCAGCAAUUUUGGUGUGACUUAGCUUGAUGUGUGGAUAUGGGUUACAGGCCACCUGAGGCCUUUAAGCAGCUGAAACAUUAUCUGCACCUUUUUUAUCUGGAUUUAAUAAAAAUAAAAUUUCCUCCUACUUAUUGCUU